AUGUUGCUGUGUUGCUGUUGGCCAGUACAUAAAUGCGUUACGGUGCUCUCCUGCUUCGAUACACUUAUUGUAGCGAUUCUCACCUACAAAUCUUUAAACCUGCACUGGACCACGAUUUUCUCGUUUUUCUUCUUUCUCUGUUUUUUCAUCUGUCAACUGAUCGCUACAACUUUCAUUAUUCUCGCUCACAAGAGGAGUAUAGCACGCUAUUGCUAUCCACGGUUAGCUCUCAUUCUUGGACUCAUUGUGUGCUCCGGUUUGGCAUGUGUCAUAAUUUUAAUUUACUUUGGUGGGGCACAAACCUCUAUGACAGCUUUCUUCUUUAGGGUAUACGAGUACUUCUUCGGUCAAAUAGACGAUCAGGAAAAGGCAGAGCUGAAAUCUGAGCUCAAACUUUAUGCGGGCGCUUUUUUCGCCCUUGCACUGACAUUUUGUGUAUACAGCGCAUUCGAGUUCUUUCUUACGCGGAAGUUCUACCAGACGCUGCUAGGAUUCGCCCCGAUUCCUCAGAAUGAUCCAACGGCUCCAAUGCAACCGGCAUACAAUCCUGAUUUUGCCCAAACUCCAGGCAAAAUUUAUCCUAAUUUGUGA